AUGGGGGCGCCUCCUGGACUGUUUUUACUCAUACUUGUACAUAUUUUCACAGGAAGUUCUUCAGGGACUCCUGUGACCAGCUGUGAUUCAUGUCAUGACGAAGCCACCUGCUUGGAGUCACAAGAAAGAGGCGACACCUUCACUAGUCACGCCCUCUCAUGUAUCUGUAAAGAUGGCUUUGUAGGUGAUGGCCUCACCUGCUAUGACCCAAAACUCUGCAGUGACUCUUCUUGCUGUGACCAAGGUUACCACUGGUCCUCAGAGAAGGGCUGUGUGGACACUGACGAGUGUUCCCUCCCAAACGCACCGUGCACACCACCUCAGAUUUGUCACAACACACCAGGCUCAUACGAAUGUCUGGAGCCUUCCUCUAAGAGCAGAUCAGCUGUUUCUUCCCAGUCUGUCCAGUUCUACUGUGGAAACACAGUUUGUCCUUCAGGCAUGGACUGCAUCAAUUCCCAGUGUGUGGACCCGUGUCAGAACUACACAACACUGAAUGAUGACUGGCGUUCAACAAAUAACACAAAUACUGAGGUCCUACACUGUGAUCGAGAUAUAAACUGGCAAGGCUGGUAUCGCCUGUUUCUGGACCAAACCAGUGCUCGUAUUCCAGAAAGGUGUAUUGAAUCAAGCAGGUGUGGAACCCGUGUGACUUUGUGGAUAACACAACCUCAUCCCACACAAUCAGGUGAAAUUGUAAAUCGCACUGUGUGCAGUGGUUGGAGAGGCACUUGCUGCUAUGUUCAGCCACAGACCAUCCAUGUCAAACUUUGCUAUGGAAACUACUAUGUCUACAAACUUGUGAAGCCACCUGCAUGCUACUAUGCAUACUGUGCAGAGGUCAACGCAGCCGACCCUGUGGUUCCCACAACAACACCAACUCCACCUACCACAACACCAGUGGGCAACAGCACAGCAGUCGAGGGCGAGGUCCGUCUGGUUAAUGGAAACAGCUCCUGCUCUGGCAGGGUGGAGAUCUUCCACAGUGGACAGUGGGGGACGGUGUGUGACGAUGCCUGGGGCCUGGUGGAUGCUCAGGUGGUGUGCAGACAGCUGGGCUGUGGCAGGGUCUUCUCAGCACCAACAAACGCACGAUUUGGACAGGGCAGCGGACCCAUCUGGUUGGAUGAUGUUGCAUGCACAGGCAGCGAAUCAACGCUCUCUGAGUGUCACCACAGAGGGUUUGGAUCUCAUAACUGUGGUCACUCUGAGGAUGCUGGUGUCGUCUGUGAAGCUGCUUCAUCAGUGAGGCUGGUCAACGGUCAGAACCGCUGCUCUGGCAGAGUGGAGAUCUUCAAUGAUGGACAGUGGGGCACAGUGUGUGAUGAUUUGUGGGACCUGAAUGAUGCCAACGUGGUGUGCAGACAGCUGGGCUGUGGAAGCGCUCGUUCAGCACUGCAAAAUGCAGCUUUUGGACAGGGCAGCGGACCCAUCUGGUUGGACAAUGUAUACUGUGUUGGAAAUGAACCAUCAAUAACUGACUGCAGACACAACGGGCUUGGAGUCCACGACUGUCGUCAUAACGAAGAUGCCAGCAUCAUCUGUGAUGUCCAACCAGGAAUCAAUAGCACUGUUUUUCCAACAACACCAAGGCCGCAGAACUUCACCACCACACAUGUGCCUGCUAACAUCUCUACCACAACACCAGUGGGCAACAGCACAGCAGUCAAGGGCGAGGUCCGUCUGGUUAAUGGAAACAGCUCCUGCUCUGGCAGGGUGGAGAUCUUCCACAGUGGACAGUGGGGGACAGUGUGUGAUGAUGCCUGGGGCCUGGUGGAUGCUCAGGUGGUGUGUAGACAGCUGGGCUGUGGCAGGGUCUUCUCAGCACCAACAAACGCACGAUUUGGACAGGGCAACGGACCCAUCUGGUUGGAUGAUGUCACAUGCACAGGCAGCGAAUCAAGGCUCUCUGAGUGUCAACACAGAGGGUUUGGAUCUCAUAACUGUGGCCACUCUGAGGAUGCUGGUGUCGUCUGUGAAGCUGCUUCAUCAGUGAGGCUGGUCAAUGGUCAGAACCGCUGCUCUGGCAGAGUGGAGAUCUUCAAUGAUGGACAGUGGGGCACAGUGUGUGAUGAUUCCUGGGACCUGAAUGAUGCCAGCGUGGUGUGCAGACAGCUGGGCUGUGGAAGCGCUCGUUCAGCACUACAAAAUGCAGCUUUUGGAGAGGGCAGCGGACCCAUCUGGUUGGACGAUGUAGACUGUUUUGGAAAUGAACCAUCAAUAACUGACUGCAGACACAACGGGCUUGGAGUCCACGACUGUCGUCAUUAUGAAGAUGCCAGUGUUGUAUGUGAAUUCCAGCAGCCUCCACUCCAGCCUUCACACUUCAUUUGUGGCCGUGAUAAAAUCCAAGUUGGUCUGCAUAUGGGCAGCAUGUCAUCCUCUGGUUUGAACCCCUUCUCAGGCAACCUGGCUUCCAGCAACUGUUCCUGGGUCAGAGUCCACGAUGAUAUUGUUUGGUAUGAAGUGGAGGCUCGGGCAGGUGCCUGUGGGAAUCUCCUGAGGACCAACAGCACACAUGUCAUCUACUCCAACACUUUAUUCAUCUACCCACUGGCUAAUUUGUCCCUCACUCUUCCUGUGAGUCUUCCCUUCUCCUGUACUUAUCCCCUGGACACAGACGCCAAUCUGAAUGUAGCUAUCAGGCCAGACCCGUAA